AUGCUUCCUUCCGAUUUCCUUCCGUUUCGACUUUUCUUCUGGCUUUUGUGGCUGCCAACCUCACUAUCUGAGGGGCCGGAGGCCGAAGAGGCGGGCCUGGGGGCCGCAGCCGGGGACGCGGGAGACUGCGCCGGCAGCGGAGGUGGCUGGGCUGCCGCGACGGUGGGAGCGGAGGAGGAGGCGGCAGUGGGCGUGGGCAUGUCCCGGUGCCCACAGAGAUGGGGGAGGAUGAUGGUGGUGGCGCCCGAGCCUGGACGCUCGUCGUUGGCCGGCGCCUCCGGGUCGGUCCCGCCGAAGAGGAUGGCCAGCCCUCCGAAGGCCGCCGACAGCGCUGUCGAUGCAGCUGUCAUCAUCAUCGUCAUCAUCUUCUUCUCUAUUUCAGGUCAAUACAUGUUCAGCUCAAGGUGA